GUUUUUGGAAACAAACCCCUUGUACUUCGUACAGCUUGAAGUAAAUAUUUCAACACCUGGCAAUGCCGACGAUUGCCCAAAUUCGCAAUGGAGGUGGAUAGUGAUUCAGGGUCGCGCCGGCUGGCUCUGAUAAGAGCUGUUAGAACACUCGACGAAGAUGGAGCAAUUGCGCUUCCCGACAAAAUCCACAGUCUCUGGUUAUUGCUUUCGGAAACCAAGGCUACGAGAUUCCAUGGCGUCGAAGAGAACAUAUUACGAUGGCUGUUCAAGCAUAUGAGCGCCAACACUGAGAAUGCUGAACAAGUUCGACGCUACCCUCUCACUUGGACGAUUCUAAGCCACGUAUUCCCCAAGAUUCCGUCUCAGACUUUGGGAAGGUCGCUAGGUUCCCUUCGCUUCAUUUCGGUUCUCCAUCAGACCGUAGGCGACAUUACGACUGCCCGACGGAAAUCUCCUUCAUCUCCGAGUCAGACGAAUGGGGUUGCCUCGGAGAAAAAGAAGAAAAGAAAGAGAGAUACAGAGUUUCCUUCAGAUAUCGAGGAACUUCGUACCCCUGAAGGCUGUAUAAAGUCGGCGACCGAGCUUUUCAGGGCUCUCAGCAGUCUCCUUGAUCAGGGGAGCCGUCACACAGGGCUCAACACCCAGGAACAAAAAGUUGGAGCUGAACAUAUCAAAUCACUUUUCUCUUCAUCUAACGACGAGACUAGAGAUAUCGCCGCAGGGUUACUUCUAACUUGUGACCGCUCAUUAAGUAUUUUUGAACGUGGUAUUUCCCGGGAUCAAGAACCGUGGAUCGGAGUUAUCGUUACUCUAUGGAACCUUCGCCUUCACAACAAAGAUGGCAGCCUCGAGUUUGCUAGGCAUAUAUAUGUACCAGCCUGUUCUAUUCUGGCGAGGUUGCAUUGUCUUGCCGGGGUCGCGCCUGUAUUGGGAGGUAGCAAUACCGCUAAGAACCUCUGGAUUCGACAGCUCGAGCAGUUUCUAAGCGCAUACUUUAUUCGUCCAGCAAGGCACACGUUUGUGGCGGAUGAGAAUAUCCAGGCCUUGGAGACCGCGCUAGGACUCUCGAAGAGGAAUCUGGGCGGAUCAGCUAUCAUUACAUGGGACGUUGCGGCGAGGACCCCUCGAGAUUCGAGUAACCCAAAAUCCAAGGCCGAGCAUUCAUCGUGGGUUCAAAAGAUCUUUGAAAUCUUACUUAAUGCAAUCCAGCCUUUAGACCCCCAACUUCGAAAUCAAGUCGUCAUCCAGAUGCUAGAAACGGCUACCCGAACUAGCUCGGUCCCAAACACGGCAGCCCUCCGUUCAGUAUGUCAAGAAUAUGCAUUGAGGCCAGACGAAAUCGAUUGGAAUCUAGUUGCCAAAGUCAUUGCUUGCGAUGCUGAUGUGUUCCUCAUGGAUGAUACUUUGAUGAAAGACGUUUUUAGCGAAAUCGGGUCCUAUUCGGGUUGUGACCCCGUUACGAAGGAGACCAUUGUAACGGAGAUUAUGCUUCCCUUGACAGACGCUUUUGCAAAGGCGCGAAACCUGUCGGGCUUCAUUGAGAAAUGGCACGACUGUCUUCAUGAGAGUGUUAUAGAUUCGCUAGAUCAAACUAUAUGGUUUGAUAUUAGGAUUCGACAACGGCUCUCUAGCAUUUUACAAAGCUCGCUGACCAGCACGCAACUGCUACGUAUAUUGGAGCGUAUAGACUCGCCACUUGCUAUUACUGGAUCGGAAUUGGUUGUCCUUGAUGGUAUCUCUGCGGGAAUCACCGAAGAAGAAUAUAUUAACAGCGCCAAUUCCAAAAUUUCCUCCGCAGUCGGCAAGGAAAAGUCGUACGAAGACCUCCCAUCUCCUGUAUCAUCAUUGAGAUGGCGUAUUGCCGGUCGGCUGGCUUCCUGGGGAACAUCUGACGAAGUUCGUCGACUUUGGUCCGAGUUAAAAUCAACUCUCAAACAUGUCCUCAAGAAGUCUUCUUUAUCGAAUCCUGAAACCCUGGAAGCAUUCGCUUGCUGUCACAAGUUAUGGCUAGCAAACUACCCUGGCGGCAAACGCGAGGCAGACCUAGCUAAACUAUUGCGUUCAUUUCUCGAAAGACUUACUACCGGAAUGAAAAGCGAUGAUGAUAUUUCUGUGUUUCAGCCCUAUUUGGAUUAUGUCUUUCGUUACCUACCAAAGCUUGCAGAGUUUCCGAAACAGGAAGCAAUCGACCUGAGAGAUCUCAUUACGAACUUAUUCUGGCACGUUGGGAAACAGUCCGCGGUUGGGGCUGACGCACAACUUGAUGACACCUUACGGUUACUCUUACGCAACGCCGAUUGUGAGGAUGAUGAAGCGUUCGUUGACGCUCUGAUAUCACAGCCUCUCGACGCCCUUGAUAGCGCGGAGACUCAAUCAGGUUGGACACAGCCGCAGAGUCUCUCCUUACUUUUGAUUCUUUUAGAAUUCCCGCGAAAUACCUUCACGAAAGGACGCCGUAAACGUAUCAUGUCUUCGUGGAAGACAUGGAGGUCGGCGAUAAUCAGUCAUGCAUCACAGGAUUCACAUUUUGCCGUAGUCAUGCUUCGGCUGCUGGUCAAUAUAAUGCAGCAACCAACAUUUUACGAGGACAUGGAAUUUGAUGACCUUGUUUACAUCUCCUCAAACUUGCCGAUUAAGGACCAGAACAUACUCGCGUUGGUCGAGAAAUUUAUCGACCUGACGCUGAGGCAAAUGGCUGCUAGCGCCGAAGGGCAUUCGCAAGCCUACUUGACUAGUGCUUGGGAGUUUGCGGAGGGUAUCACGCCAAAUAGGACGGAAGUGACGGAUGCUCAAAUGCUCUUGGUAAAAGGCCUAUUCUCUGCACUGGAUAAAUGCAAGUCGCAUGGCUCAUCUACCAACUUGGACUCAAUAGCAACAAAACUAUCAGAAAUUAUAGUAACCAGCUUAUCGCGGAUCGGGGACAAAAAUGAGUCGACGGAGGCAGCUAUCGGGGAUGAGUCGAUAUUGCUUCGACUUUCUGUCGCAUUAAGCGGAGCCGCAUGCCUUGCUGAAGCCAGUCAACCAAGAACGGUUGAACUCCCGAAAGAGACAAUUAAGAAGCUGGAGAGCAUAAGCGCGUCAUUCAUAUCGAGCAACCUCGAAAUUGGCUGGAAGCUACGGACAUGCCUCUUCAGACACAACCCCGAUCUAUACGACACAACAGAUUUAUUCGCACAGCUAGACCAGACGUCGGAGACAAUUGAUGAAGGCUUAGUGUACGGCUUGGUGGAUGCUUUCGUUGGGAAAGGAGAGGUUACAGACGAUGCUACAUGUGAUAAGGUGCUUGGCGAGCUAGUUGCUAGUGGCAAGCUGACUGCCGGACCUAUCGGACGUCUACUGGCUAUCAGGAGGCUUGUCGAACUGCACCAAGGACCUAUUGCCCCAAAUGGCCUCGGUAAGAGUCGAGACAUCCUUGACCUUGGCGCCGUACACGAACGACUCGCGUCUCUACUAAGUCAGGUGGAAUCACCCCGCCAUUUCAGACAAUUGGCAGAAAUCUUGGUAUUGCUACUUGAUAAACAUGCCCACUCCAUGACCCAGAUCAACGUGGAGACGACUCUGAGUAGUGUCGUUCACGUGUGUUCGCAAAAAGGCCCCAAGAUCCACGGCCCUAACGCCGCUGGCGAGGUUUACGACAAGCUAUACAAGCUUGUGGCUCUUGUCCUCAAGAGACACCGACUUCGCUUAAGAGGGCAUUUCCCGAUCCUGCUUGCCGCAUUGCGAGCACUUCUCAGUACCUUGCUUUCCGAUCCUACUUCAACAGCGAGCGUGCCAUCCUUGCAAGCACGCCCGCCAUGGCUCGAAAUACGUCUAAAAGGAAGGCAUGCAGACCGGUUUACUCGCCUUCUGACACUAAUAUGCGAGCCUAGCGCGGCAUCCGUAGCCCGCACGCGGUCGAGCGAGCUAGAUUCCGCCACGGAUGCUGCCAAGCGGACCGCGGGGCAGGACAUGUUCACUGUCUUGGAGCUGUAUAUCAAGUUGCAACUCGAGGUCACCAUCCCUCGGGACGUCAGGAAAGCCCUCGAGCUUGGCGUCUAUUCGAUACUCGACAUCACGCCUCAGGGAUGCAGGAGGGUAUUAAACGAAUCGUUGGACGCGAACGGACGCGCCAUAUUCAGGCAGAUGUUCGCGGAUUACAAGAAGUUUGGGAAAUGGUCGGGUGUUUAACUGGGUCUUGUUACUACAUAUAGAUACUUUCUGGUUAGGAGAUAUAUACCCGGUUACCCUUGUUCAUAUCCACGUGUCUGAGUAUAGAAAAGAAUUUGGAAUAAGAAUAAUUAGAAGUCGCAUGAGUGGGUGGAGAAAGACUAUGAGACUACGUACUUUAUUACACGAGCUAAUUAUACCAUUAU